AUGCUUUACCCCACACCCUCUUCCUGGUGUGCCGUCUUCCCUCACGCUGCUCACCUAUUAUUUCCCCCAUCUGCUUGUAUGCGUCACCGCUGGACGGCCUGUUGUCGGUCGCCGUUGGUCCCUGCAAUGUCGACAACUACGCCCAUCGACCGCUUCAAGACUCAGCACACGUACCAGUUCGAGCACAACGAUGUCGUGCUCGACAAUGGCUCGUGGGUGAUCAGUCCGUCCGCGCCCACUACUCUAUCACCGGAAAACGGAUCGAGAAGAACACUGCAAUGCUUCUCCGCGAUGGGAAGGGAGUGGUGGCUCCUGGACGAGUGCGGCAUGAGUGAGCCGGGACUUCUCGUCGACAGCGUCGACGACCUGCGCUACUGGAAACACAUGAGACGGACAAAUGCAACGUCUCGCGCCAGCCUACAAUUACCCGCCGAGAGGACGGCGCGCUGCAAGAAGAGCAGCUACGAAAGCGGUUUCUCAGGGUUCCAGGCGGUUUCGCCCAAACGAAACCGCCUGAAACCCUCUGAAACCUCGAGGCUGGAGGAUGACAGGGCGGACCGCUGGACAAUUUCAGAGAUGUGGCUGCGGGGGUUCUGA